UACGCCGACUGGUGCGGUCCCUGCAAAGCCAUCGCACCCCUCUACGAGCAGCUUUCCUCGUCCCUGUCCCGCAAAAAUGUCGUCACUUUCGUCAAGAUCGAUGUCGAGUCCCAGAAGGAGAUCGCCUCCGCCUACAGCGUUACUUCCCUCCCGACUUUCAUGAUCUUCCGCGAAGGCAAGACCAUCGAGAAGGUCCAGGGUGCCGACCCCCGCAAGCUCCAAGAGGUGGUCAAGAGGCUGGCCAAGGAGGUCUCCGAGGGCGGUUCAGGCUCUGGCGAGGCGUCCGGCAGCUCGAGCGGAGGCAACUGGAGGGGUGCAGAGUUCCCUCGCGGUUACGGCGACGUUACCGGUCAGAUCGAGCCAAAGGGCUGCGAGCUGCUGAACGCCGACGAGGACUUUGGUCCUGUCAAGGUCUUGUUCGACCCGUCCAAGCCCAGCGCGCUUGCGAAGAAGGAGGGCGCAAAGGAUUGGGUUGAGAGUGGUGCCGAUGACCAGCUCCUACUGUUCAUGCCAUUCCAGUCCAUGAUCAAGCUGCACACCCUUCAGCUCACCUCUCUGCCUCCUACCGACGACGACGACGACGACGACGAGGCUCCCAUGCGCCCCGGCACCAUUCACCUAUACACGAACAAGCCUCACAACCUCGACUUUAGCGAAGCCGACGAUACCCCUCCCACGCAAGCCAUCGAGCUCACCGAGAAGGACUGGAACGCUGACGGCACCGCCAACAUUGGCCUUCGUUACGUCAAGUUCCAGAAUAUCAACAGCUUGAUCAUCUACGUGACCAAGGGUGACGGCGACGGUGAGAAGGUGCGUCUCGACCGCGUGCGCCUCAUCGGCGAGUCGGGCGAGAAGAGAGAAAUGGGCAAGCUGGAGAAGAUU